CACCAAGUUCAUUUUGUGCCAAAUAUUUAACUUCACUUCUAAUUUUCGAAUCGCCAUCAAGAUCGGCUACUAGUAUCCAAACUCCUCAACUCCCUGUUUUCUUUUACGCUAGCUUUUUCAAAAUUUUGGGUUGACAUAAUUAAAAAUUAUAACCAAAGAUUAAAAUAUUCCAAAUUUCCAAUCAAUUUUAAGUUCCCGCAAAAGAAAUGGGAAAAGGUUAGAACUUAAAACAAGUUGAUUAGGAGCUUGUAUAGUAGGGAUGGACAUUGAUUAGGAGUUAAUUAGAAUUGAGUGUGAAUAAUUAAUAUUUGGGCGUUGGAUAGUUUUGGAAAGUUGAGAACUUUUCGAGAAAGAGAAGAAGAGAGGAGUUAAUACUACAAUUAUUACUUUAAAUUUAUCAAACAACUCCUAGCUCAGUGGUUGAAUCUCCUUUUAAUAAGAAGGAGGUCCAUGCUUCAAUUCCCUUCCCUCAUUGUUGGUGUUGUUUCGUGUGGGCCUUGCCAGCCCAAGGAGCUGCGGCUCCGCUAUGAGGCCCAGGUUGGCCUUAUCCCGCCUCCAGACUUCUGGAUUCUGAGGUCCCAAAAAAUUGAGGCAUGUGUUGUGGAUCUUACCAACACAGGGUCUAGGUCGGGCCUGAAGGAAUUCCAUGAAAUUCAGGAGGAGACUCAGGAAAGUCAAAAUGAUGGAGGGAUGAGCUUGAUACCGAUGGUAAGAGGAGAUGUUGCACCAAACUCUAGUAGUUUGGGAAAAUUUUGGUCAAAGUGAUGCAUAUUGAGAAUUUUUUUUUGGUAAAUACAAUAUAUUAGGCACAACUAUUAAGAAGCGGAAAAUUAUAGCCACAACUAUCAAAAUACAAAUUAUUAGCCAAAUGUUAACUCUCAGUUAGAAAAUCUAUUAAUAAUGUUGACUAAGGUUUUACUAUGUUGAGCUGUCUCCCACGUGGCAGUCACCAUAUCAUAUUUUAAUUUAAAAAAUAAAUUAUUAAAUAAUUAAGAAAAUGAAAGGAAAAAGUUCUAAAAAUUAAAAGAAGUUGGUCGCUCCCUUUUCUUCUUCUUCUUCCUACGCUCUCUCGUCCUCUCCGAUGAACUCUAAAAAGCUCCUUCCUCUGAGCAAACGCAGACCCAACAAACCCAAACCUUCCAUUCCCCUUUCCACCCAAAAUCUCCCUCUCAUCUUCACCCCAUCCUCUGCCAACCAGAACCUUCCUAUUACCUCUGCCAUUCUUAAUUCCUCAAUCACCAACGAAACGCCUCCCAAUCCAAUCCCUACACCCCCAAGGACAACAACCAAUUCCCCAAGCCAGAUGACCAGUCGCCUCUCCGCUUUUGAGUGCCCUUCUCCCCGCCAUAGACACCUAGCUCUUCCCGCACCAAAUCUUCAAGAAGAAGCCUCCCCCCCCCCCCCCCCCCCCCCCCCUUCUCUGACCAAGAACGAGGAAGUGAGUUACGGUAUGGUGUGCAUGCAAGAAGGGGAAUUGAGUUCAGUCGAGAAGAGGCAGGGGAAAAGUAGUGCUGGUUUGUCAGUUUUCGGUUAGCAUCUAACCGACAGUUUUAACCAAUAACAAUCGGUUAUCGGUUAACCAAAAACUGACAGUUUACAAAAUUGUUAGGUGGUCGGUAAGUGGGAGGGGCUGUUCCGCCCAGAUCUGGGGAUUUCUUUCGGUCGUCACCGCAAAUCGCCUCACAUCUCUCUUCUCCCAUCUUUUUAUUCAUCGAUUGAUUUGUGUGGAAUGAACGACGACAGCGGUAGAGGAAUUGACGAAUGAGGAGAAGGGAGAUCCGCACUGGGGCGGUGGAAGGAUAUGAUUACAGCAUUGUCGGCGGUGGAGGAAUCAGAAGAAGAGAUAAGAAGGCGAGUGGUGAAGGAGGAUGACAUGGCGGCGGUAGAGGAGGAGAGACUUCUAGCAAAAGGUCUCUAGUGACGUUGGAGGAAGAAGAGGAAGGAGAGAAGAAGAUGAGGGGAUGGAUUUUAUUUAGUUAUUUAUCUUUUGUUUUAAAAUUAUAAGUCAAAAGUAAUCUGACGUGAAAGACUACGUGGCUGCUAGCGUGGCACUCUCCUUUACAAAAUUAACGACUAUAAUGGACUGUUAGCCAUAUUUUGACUCGUAUCAAUAGUUAUGGCUAAUAAUUUUGUAUUUCGAUA